AUGAAAACUGGAUUUAACCGUGCAAAAGAACUAGUUAGUAAUUUGAAUAUAUUACCUUCAUUAAAGGAAUACAAUGCUUGUGAACUUAAUGGUUUAAGUAAAAAUAUAUCUGAUAGUAUUAGAUUCAACAUUAAUUCGGAUAAUUAUUUAGCAACGGAGUCAGAUUCUUCAUCAGAUUCUGAAUCUGAUUAUGAUGAUGGAGCAAUGGAAAGUAAUGAAUUUGAUAGUGAUCUAAUCAAUGUGGAUGAAGAAGAUAAAGAUGCGGCAAUGACACAAAACUUUGAUGAAAUUAAAACUGAGAAAAUAAAUUUUACUGGUAUGCGUAUAUUCAAUUCGAUUAAUCCAGCAAUGAAAAACUCCUAUUUUCAAGUGCAAGUAAAUAACAAGACUAAAUUUAUACACAAGCAAACGGCUUGUUGGUUAUUGACCGACAAAGUUAGCCGCUUAUCGGCUGAUAGAUUAUCACGAGUGAUAGAAACAAGCAAAAAGGAUUAAAAAUCUUCAUCAGAUUGAUUUGUAUAGAUGGAAAAUUUCUUAUAAAAAUAAACCAAUUCAUUCAAAAAGCAUUCACUUAUUAAUUAUUAUAUUUUCUAAGAUCAAACAAGCUUGAAUUUUUUCCAGUGCAUUAAAAAAAAACAAUAAAAAGUUCACCUUUCUACUAAAAUAAGACCGUCGAAAACAAGACAAUUUCAUUGGUUUCUUGUGAAUUUUCAUGCACGAAAUGUAUUUCAAAGCUUCCAGAAGACUUCAAGAGACUUCAUCAGACUUUAUGAGACUUUAGAGACUUCAAGAGACUUUAUGAGAAUUCAUAAGACUUCAAGAUACUUCAGAAGACUUCGAAAGACUUUCAAGACUUCAUGAGACUUCAGACGUGAAGUCUCCGCUGUUUUCCCCUUGAUUGUAUGUAAAGCGUGGGUCAAAGUUAUCCUGGAGAACAUCCUAGCUAUUUGUAGUCUUUGAUUCGUGUGCAUAACGAACAUAUUAGCUUGAAUUUAUUCUUAAUAAGUCUGCCCCUCGGUAAAGCUCAAGAAGUUCAUUAUGGUUCAAAGUGGAAUUUGGCGAAGUACAAUGAAGUAUCUGAGUAUUAUUGUAUGAUUGAUGCACAUACAAUUAAUUCAAACUAAUUGAAGCAAAUUUUGUCAUGGUAAACUUCAAAUCGUUAAAAAAUUCGCGAGGAUAACCUUGACGAAGUCCUGAAAUAUGAUGAAGCAUGAAACUUUCGCUUUUUCUUCAUCACUUGAAACUUACACGUAUCCAUUAUUACUAAAGCAUUAGAUCUAUAUGUUUAUGACUGCACUGGGAAGAAUAUUCGUUAAAAAGGUGUGAUAAACAGAAAGCGGUUAAGUGGCGUCAUGGUCUGUAUACGUAAUCUUCUUUUUGUAUCAUUGUUGUGACGUCAUUGUAUAUAUGUUCCAUCUACAUUUUCUUGUGUUCUGUUGUCAUGCAUGAAUGCAUAUGUUCGCCUUUCUAGGAUGGUCAUCUACAUUUGUUCUCUUAGUCUUUCUGCAUAGAUCAUGAAUGUUCUCUCUAGUAUUUUCCAGGGAGGCUUUGGUUUUCUAUCAACUUCUGGAUAUUUCCUUUUGUUUCCGUGCUCACGUAUAUUUGUAUACCUCACGCUUGCAACAAUAAACAUGUUAUACUUACGCGACAGAACUAAACUUGUCUUUGAGCAGCAACUGAUUAAUGGUCGACAGCCAGUGUUAAAGCUUUUUGUCAGCUCUUAUUUUUCACUAUGCGAAUGGUCUUACUGCAAUCUCCUUUGCAUAAACAAUGCAGUGUUGAAGCUUAUAGAUGAACAUUCUAAGUUAUGAAUCAUAAUCCAUUAAAAUCUUACUAAAUUAUGUAAGAUCUGGACAUAUUCUCUGAAACUACAUCGAGGUUUGACUGCAUUACCAAACAUUUAAGCAUUAUUUCUAAUGAUGUAUGAUAAUGCAUUAAUUUUUAAUGCAUUAUCGGUCAUUUAUACACUAUUUUCGAUAACGCGUUACAAUACAUUGGAAUUUUACUGAAUUAUCAAACAUUGAGGCAUUAUUUCUGAAAAUGCAUUGAAAUGCAUUGAAAGUUUACUAAAUUUUGAAGCAUUUCAACAUGAUUUUUGAUAAUGCAUGAUAAUCCAUUGAUUUUCAAUCUAUUAUCAGGCAUUAGAACAUUACUUUUAAAAAAAUGCAUCGAAAUGCAUUGAAACUACGAAAAAUAAUGCAUUACCAUUAAUUAUUUCAUGUGUUUUGCGAAAUAAUGAAAAAUAAUGUGCCAGUUUUGUAUUAUUUAUCCAUUAUCGGUUACAUAAGACAUAUCUUUCAGUCAUAAUCUCACAACAAAAUCUUUGAGUCUAGUCAUCAGAACAGGAUUAAAAUAUAGUAAUGGAGUGUAUCUGCAAAAAUUAACACGAUAGAAAGACACAAAAAAGCAGAUACUGAAUGUCUGUAUUCUAUUCUGAAUCUAGCGAUCAGAGAAGACUUACCCACAGUACAAUAUUUUCUGAAGUACUGGAUUUCCAUAAUACAAGAUUUUCAGUAUGACAGAAACAAGGUAGUAUUGAGUUACAGUAGGUAUUGCACGUAUUAUAUAAGAAAAAUCCCUAAAUUGAAAAGUCUCUAAAUUAAAAUCCCUAUUUGGUCACCAAUAUAGACGUUAAUUGUUUAAUUAUCCAUAAAUGUGGAUGCGAUUUAAGGAUGCAUUCAGGAAUCCACAUUUGUAGUAAAUGAUAGGCAUUCCAGCAAGUGUACGCUAUAGAGAUGCGUUACUAUCAACAAAUAAGCUAAAAGAACGGUCGAGGAGUUUACGAAAAAAACAAAUUUAUCCCAUUUUACUUUUACGAUAGUUAACUUGAAAAUAUAAAACUCUUUAUAGUUUCGUUAGUCCUUUCACUUACUUUACUCAAUCUAUGGUAAGGAUGAGGAAGAGACAUCUCAUGUCACUUUCACUCUCACCCUCACACUAAAGAAGUACUUCAUUCUAAGACAAAAUAUCAUAAAAGUAAAUUGGGAUAAAUUUGUUGUUUUCGUGGACCUAUGAAAAAGGUCUCGAUUUCGACCGAUACUACUACUCUAAAUGUUGAAACCAUAUUGAGUUACUGGAAAAACAAGAUCAUUUGCCAGAUGUAUGAUUAAUUUUGAGCGCUACUGUAUAUAAUCAUUUGAUUAUUCACUUUCGUAUGUUAGUUUCACAAUGCAGUCAUUUUAACUAACGAGAAAUAGUGUAUUAAUAAACAUAAAUGAGUAAAAACGACACUAAAUCAUAUAAAAAAUUAAUAAAAUCUGAAGCGAAAAAUAUCAUAAUAUUUUCAAUGAAUACUACAUCAUUGUUAGCAUCCACUUCAUUUGGAUAGGACGAUUCCUAUUUUGAUGAUCUUCUUCAUUUUCACUAUCACUACUAUCAAUUAAUUGCAUUUGUUUCUUUAUUUUGAAAAUGAUAGACAGAUGUUUGUUGACAUGUUCUGGACUAUUUAACCAUUUAUCUCAUUUUACGGAUUACGAUAAGAAAUGAUAUUAAAGCAAGUUCGAUAUCUUUGUUGUUAAGUUCAUCUUGGACCGAUGAAUAAUCAGUACUUAUAAACUACAGUGAUUGUUAGCAGAAAACUAUCUGAUUAUAAUUAUUGACACAAAUCAAAUCAAGUAACCAUUGGUCAUUUAGUUAGCAUAGUAGACUCUUGCCAAAUUAGAGUUCACUUUGAAAAUUUUACAGAAUAUGAUCUAAUGUAAUCAGUUAUAAUGGUAAUGUGUUUAUUUAGUAGUCAGUUAAAUGAUUUAAAACUAAAAAAGUAGUAUAUAUGGUCCUUCCUAAAAUCGCACACAUUCUGUACAUACAGUCACUGACACAACACUAUGUAACGGUGAAGGAAAUGUAUGUAAUCUGAAGGAGUAUCCUAUCUACUUAAAAGAUCUAAAUUAUGGACAGCAAUUAAAAACCAUUACUGUAUUUCUCCUAUCAUAUUACUUUUCUCUCAUAGGACAGUACAAAAGUUGUUUCAUCCAGCUCUCUUAAAAGACAUAUUUUGAGUGAAACAAUUCUAUCAUAAUACUCAGACACAUUUAAAAGCAUGUACAAAAUUUUAGUCUUAGAAGUCUUGCCUUUCUUUUUAUUUUUGCAUUUCUUUCAAACUAGGUUUAGAUCAUUUUCUAGAUUAAUUUUGAGUUCUCACGACAACAUUUUUCGAAGUAUGAUUUUGCAUGGCUAGUAAAUUAACUUAACUUA